AUGGACACCCAAGGUUCUACUCUCAACUCUGCCUAUCCUGGUGAAACUCAUGGAAUUACGCCAGUCCCGGCACCCGACGCGGCAGGGACAGAAAAGAAGCUGAAUGCUGUUACAUCAGAAGAGGACGAGAUCCGCCAGAUGACACUAAAUACAGCAAAUACUUUCCCUAAGUCUGUGCAAUCACAAAACACAGGAAUUGUAACCAAGCAACCAAGCAUGGUGCAAGGCAUGAAGCCGGAGAACUAUGUAGUGAAACCAGAGAAUCUUGGGGAAUCUCCCGAUUAUAUCGAUUGCCCCUACUGCAAAUCACGCCAGAAAACUGAGACGCGCCAUCAACAUACCAGCCAGACGUCGCUUGCGGCGGCUGUCUGCUGUCUCUGCUGCGGCAUACUUCCUGUGUUUAUACCGUUUGUGUGCAAUUGGUGCUCUGAUCUUGACCACUACUGCGAGAAUUGCAAGAAGCGUGUCGCGCAUCAACCUCACGAGGGCAAGAUGGAGGCUGUAUUGCCGCCAGUUUCUACUGCGACAACAGGAGCAGACUCUAGAUAUCAGUCGAGUCAGUACGCCGACAUGAGCAAGCAGUCUCAGCAAAAACUGGAGCCCACAGUGGCCUAA